UAUAUAAUGAAAAACGGUAAUGUGAUAAUAAUAAUAAUAUUAAAAAAUGAGAGUAGUGAUCUUGAUGUUGGUAAUUUCUUUAGCAACAAGUGCUAAGAUAAAGAGUUAAAGUCCUUAAAAAUUGUAAGCUGAAUUAUAGAAGACAAAUUAUGGAAGAGCUUUACUUCAUUUAGUUGAAUUACAUUCAAUGGCUGGAGGAUCAGUAUAAGAGUUAUUAGAUGCAAUUGAAGAGCUUGUUAAUGAUUUAGAGGAUGGCCUUGAAUUAUUAGAUUUCAAUUUUUAACGCAGAACAAAUGAACAUAAUUCAUUACUUGUUUAACUUAAUCAAUAAAUAUAAUCAGCAUUAAUUGAUGUUAGUAGAUCAGAUGAUGUUAUUGAAAACUUAUUAAUUCCAAGAAAAGAAUAAUUAGAACUUAGAAUUGCUGCUUUAGAAGAAUAUUAAGAAUAAAAUAGAUAAAAAGUAGAUGAAGAAAAUUUAACAAGAGAAUAAGAACAUGAAGCAUAUGAAGCUUAAGUAUAAGAAUUAAAUGAUGCUACUGCUUCAGUUGAUGAUGCUUUAACACUUUUAUCUACACUCAAUAAUCCAUCAUUGGCUUAAGUUAAGAAGUUCUAAAAUUCACUUAAAAAGAUAGAAUCAAGUAUUAAACCAAGAAGCAAAAUGGCUCCUUUCUUAAAGGCUCUAAUCACAUUAGCUUCAAAUCAAAACUUUUCUGAUUAAGGAGUCUUAAGUCAAAUUGUUAAUACUUUGAAUGAAUUUAGAAAUGCUAUUGUUGAUUCUGUUAAUGAUUUAUCUUUAUAAGAAGUUUAAGAUUAGGAAGCAUUUGAAGCCAGAAUAUAAUAAUUAGAUGCUGAAUAUGCUGAAUUCUAAAGAUAAAUCAAUGCUCUCAAUGUUGAUUUAACUGCAACUUUAGGUAUUUCAAUUUAUUAUUAUCUAAGAGAAAAUUGAUUAAGUUACACUUUUCAGAGACUAAAGAGCUGCUGAUUAAGCCUCUUAUGAAUAAUAACUUCAAUUAGAAAAUGAUCUUUAUGCAGAUGAAGUUUAAAUCUACAAUGAUACUAAAAAUGAAUUCUAAAGAGAAUAAGCCAUCAGUCAGUAAGCUUUACAAUUGGUUUCAUCAGUUGAUUUUACCAAUAUACAAGUUUGAUUUAUUAAAAAUAUAAUCAUAUCAAUCAGUAUUCAUUCA